UCUUUUUCCACUCGUCAUUACUCAAUAUUCAACUUUAGGUGAAAUAUCGUUUUCAGAACAAUGUAUGGUGCAGAGGAAUCAAAAAGAUAGUGUGUGAACUCUAGCUUAUAGAAUAGGACCUUGCUUGACCACAAGUUUGAGGGCAUGGACUUGACAAGUUUUUGGAGCAUUUUUCAUUCUGGAAGUUGCACAGAUGCGUUUCCCUGAUAAGCCUUUGCGUUUCUUGAAGGAACUAUUGCUUUAUCCUUCAAGCAUGAAUGCAAGGAGACAAUAUCACGAAUCUAGGAAAGAGGCAACCCCAGGAUGUGCUCCAACAUAUUAUAUGACUAUGUUCAAUCUGUUUCUAGAUUCUAGAACCUAAGUCAUUAGUGGCCUGUUAUUUUCAGUAGGAAAAAGUGUCAAAUUAUUUGUGUCAUGGAUAUUGAUUUUCACCGCGUUUGUUACACUACAAGGUUACCUACUUGCAAGGUUUUAAGGAACAUCCACUACUGCUUUGCUAGAUUUUUAGAAGCUUUUUUAUGAAAAAGACUAAUUCAUUAGGUGAUAAUGGUAUCAGUUCAACAUAUUUUAAGUUUUCGUUCCAACCACAACUUAAUCAGUCUAUAAGUAACUUUUCUCCUAUUCAACUCUUCAAAAAGCUAUCAAUUAUUAUAACUCAAAUACAGAAAGAGAGUUGAAUACAAAGCGUUUGUUCCUAUUUGUAAUAUCUAAUAUCAGUAUAAAACAACCUUAGAUAUUUGCCAUUGAUAGGACACCUGGACCAACAAAAGAGGUAACCUUAUAUUCAUGUCUAUUAAUACAAGUCAAACUUGUCCAAAGAAAAAUUUGACACAACCUUCAGAAUUUGUGUUUGUAUUCACGUUUGUUUCGGUUUCAACAUAAGUAAUACUAUAUUUUUUUCAUGCCAGAAAUUGAAGAAUUUAAAAUCAGCCGUUACAGAUUUCAUGUUUCUUUUUUCACUCAACGCCAGCAGUUACAGAAAUCCAACGUACCAAAACCGUGAGCUUCAUGGUGUAACUCUCAUCCUCCUCUUUGCUGUCCAGACACAGAAAAACUCUGGUUCAGUGAAAGCACAGAGCUUCGAGAGUGUCAAGCGAUGAAAAAAGUUCUUCUUAUGUUUGUUCUUACCAAGAUUCUAUUGUUCUUUUUCCGCACCUCCACUGCAAAUGACUCUAUAUCCAAAUUUCAAUCACUUUCUGUAGGCAAUAGCUUGAUUUCUGAAGAGGGUACUUUUGAAUUGGGUUUCUUCAGUCCAGGACGUGCUGCAGAUCUUUACCUGGGCAUAUGGUACAAGUCAAUACCAGUGAAGACUGUUGUGUGGGUUGCCAACAGAGCCAAGCCAGUAAAAGGCAAUUCUAGCAUGUUGCAUAUUAACAAUGAGGGGAAUCUUGUGCUUGUUAACCAUAACGGGUUUGUGGCUUGGUCAGCAAACUCCAAAAAGAAGGUUCAGAAUCCCAUUGUUCAGCUCUUAAAUUCUGGGAAUUUGGUAGUGAGAGAUGAAGGAGACCAAGAUCCUGAAAACUACUUGUGGCAAAGCUUUGAUUACCCUUCUGAUACACUUUUACCAGGAAUGAAGCUGGGUUGGGACCUAAGAACCGGCCUUGAGCGGCGUGUAUCUGCUUGGAAGAAUUGGGAUGAUCCAUCACCGGGUGAUUUCAGUUGGGGUAUCUCUCUGGAAGGAUUUCCUCAAGUGAUGAUGUGGAAGGGAUCAAAGGUGUUUUACCGUGGUGGUCAUUGGAAUGGCCUCGGAUUCAGUGGUGCCCCAGAAUUGAAGGCAAAUCCAGUUUUUAAAUUCAAGUUUGUUUCCAACGAGAAUGAGGUGUACUACACCUACAGCCUCAGGAAUGAGUCUAUGAUUUCAAGGAUUGUCAUGAACCAAUCUAUUUCCACUCGCCAAAGGUACGUAUGGAUUGAAGAUGCUAAAGCUUGGAGGCUUUAUGCAUCUGUACCUAGAGAUAACUGUGAUUCCUACAAUAUCUGUGGACAAAAUGGGAAUUGUGUGAUUGGUGAUUCUCCAGUGUGCCAGUGUUUAAGUGGAUUUAAACCAAGAUUGUCAAGGCACUGGGACAUGAUGGACUGGACUCAAGGAUGUUUUCUAUCUGAAGAAUGGAAUUGUGAGGAAAGGAGGAAACAUGGGUUUGUUAAAUUUAGUCAGCUGAAAGCUCCAGAUACUUCAAAUUCUUGGGUCAAUGAGAGUAUGAGUCUCAUUGAGUGCAGGGAUAAAUGCUUGGAGAAUUGUUCCUGUAAAGCUUAUGCAAAUACAGAUGUUAGUGGAGGAGGUAAUGGCUGUUUGAUGUGGUUUGGUGAUCUCAGAGAUAUGAGAGAGUUUUCUGCUGGUGGUUGGGAUUUAUAUAUUAGAACUAAAAUUUCAGAAUCAGGUGAGAAAAAAAACCAUAGGAUGAAGGUGGUAGCAGUAAUCCUCACAAUAGCCGCAGUUCUUACAACCAUUCUGGUUUUGUACCAAUUUGGAAAGAGAAUGAAAAAGUUCAGAGCAUGUGAAUCAAGUAAUUCCUUGAUGGUAGAUAAUAAUAAAGAUGAGGAAGAGCUUGAGCUUCCUUUCUUUGAUCAAGCUGCAAUCGCCAAAGCAACUAAUGGCUUCUCAAUUGACAAUAAGCUUGGAGAAGGUGGAUUUGGGACAGUAUAUAUGGGUACCCUAGCAGAUGGACAACAAAUUGCUGUGAAAAGACUCUCACAAAGUUCUGGACAAGGGUUUAAUGAAUUUAAGAAUGAAGUCAUAUUGAUAGCCAAACUUCAGCAUCGGAACCUAGUUAAACUUGUUGGUUGUUGCAUUGAAGGAGAGGAGAAGAUGCUUAUCUAUGAAUACAUGCCCAACAAAAGCCUUGACUCCUUUAUAUUUGAUCAGGCAAAGGCUAAAAUUUUAGAUUGGUCUAAACGCUUCGAUAUUAUUUGUGGAGUUGCACGAGGACUUCUGUAUCUUCACCAAGAUUCUAGAUUGAGAAUUAUACAUAGAGACCUGAAAGCAAGUAAUGUCCUACUUGAUCAUGAGUUCAACCCAAAAAUAUCUGAUUUUGGCAUGGCUAGAACUUUUGGAGGAGAUCAGAUUGAAGGAAAUACAAAAAGGGUGGUUGGAACAUAUGGUUACAUGGCACCUGAAUAUGCCAUUUAUGGACUAUUCUCAGUGAAAUCUGACGUCUUCAGCUUCGGAGUACUAAUGCUAGAGAUUAUAAGUGGAAAGAAGAACAGAGGUUUUUCCCAUUCAAAUAAUAGUAUUAACCUUAUUGGACAAGCAUGGAAAUUUUGGAAAGAAACCAGACCUUUGGACUUAAUUGAUUCAUGCAUGGAGAAUUCAUCUGUUGUAUCAGGAGCAUUGCGUUGUAUCCAUAUCAGUCUUUUAUGUAUUCAACAGCAUCCUGAGGAUAGGCCAAGUAUGUCCACUGUGGUAGUGAUGCUGAGCAGUGAGAGUUCCCUACCUCAACCUAAGGAACCUGGUUUCCUUAUGGAGAAGGAGAAAAUUUUUCUUGGAGCAGAGUCCUCUACCAAGCACCUCUUUUCUUCUACCAAUGAUAUAAGUCUUACCAUGUUAGAGCCUCGGUAGUGCACUAUUUGCCUCAGAUAACUGAUACAUUCUAGACCUUUUUCAUACUGCUUUAGCAUACCUACUUUGAUGCACAUGGUAGAAUGCAGAUGCAAAAUUUGUAUGUCAUUAGUGAAUUUUGUCAGUGUUUUGGGUUUUGAUAUAUUUGUGAAUCCAUUUAACCUUAUGGAUCGAAUUCAGCUGAUGCAUUUUCAUUGAA